AUGCGGCGGUCAGCACGCAACUCGAAUAAACCCAGGCCCGUUGUAGUGACAUCCCCCUCAAGACCCGCCAAGCGGAAGAUUACCACACGUGUGGUCAAGAAAGAGCCUAAGUGGACGGCGGCGAAGCUCUUGACAGACCCCAAGUCGCCGCUCGCCAGCGCCGAUUUAAGAACCAUCCUCUGCCAGCCAGCGGCGUGGGACAUACUCUCCAAAGAAGAGCGCGCCGAGAUCAUUGCCCUCUUGCCUGCCGGCACGCGCAUCCUCGACCCGGGAACCGACGACGCCCGCCCGGACCUCGACGCUCUCCGUAACGACAACAAUUUUCGCCACGACUGCGCCACGUACACUAACAACAUCGCCCAAGGCAAGCACGACCCGGAAUGGCUCGAGCAAGCGUGGGCGGCGCGCGAGAGGCGGCGCGCCGGGGACUUUGACGGGUACCUGAAGCAGAAGUUUGAGGACGAGUGGUCCUGCGAGUUGCCUGAGGAAUUCAGGCCAAAGAGGGACGGGAACAAGCCGGCCAAGGGGGUCGUGGUUGCCGAAGAGGAGGGGAAAGCGGAGGUGGAGGGGGAUGUGAAGGACACCACUGCAGCUGAAGAGGCUAACAAUACCGAGGCGUAUUUGAAGAAUGCCCAUGGGGCCGAAGAGGCUCAAACCCCCCCCGAGGCGCCGAAGAUGGAUGCUAAGGUGGCACAUGGUGGCGAGCCUGAGGAGGACCACAACAUCAAGCUUGGAUCUCCCGUUCAUGAGGAGGUGCGCGUGGAGCUUGGGUCUCCCAUCGCCGAAUCGCCGGGAGAGGACAAGGUACAAGAGGGUGGGGGGAAGCCUGUAUUGGAGGAGCAGCGCGGUGUGUCUGCUGUCCAAGAGGACGAGAAGAAAUUGGGGACGGAUUGA